UCCUUCCUUCCUUGUCAGCCUCUCCCACCCAUGGCGGUUUGAUCUGAUCCCCUCCCACCUCUUCCUCCUCCCGGCCCCAACUCCCUCCCCCCAACCCAAGCACACGGCACCCAGCACCCUCUCGCUCUCCGCCUCCUCCCCUACAGGAGAUCAGUCUCUGCUGAUUUGUGGAUAUGGCUGAUAACGAGAAAGAGGUGCGAGAGGGAACCACCCCCCGUGGGGCGGACUGGGAAGUGGUGACUCUCACAGCAUCUGCCUAUGAAGCAGCGCCCGGGCCUGCUGGAACUGAACCAAAGCCUGUUAAUGAAGAGCGCAGUUCAUCCAACGCAUUGCUUAUGUCUGACCACUUUGUGUUUCCGCCCAGUGAGCACGAGAACCUGCCGAUACAGACCAGUUUUGAUGAUAUACAGCCUGAGAAAGAUGUGCAGGAAGCUAGUACCAGUGUGGAAGAUUAUAGUAUCAAGAAUGAUGCUGGGUCUGAGAGAGUUCAGUUCUAUGAUGAAAGGAGAAACCUAUCAGUUGAUGAUGCUGAGAUGAGAGAUGAUGUUCCUGGGUAUGGUUCAUCUCACACUGAAGAUGAUGGGGAUGGCUUUGUUGCUCAUGAUGAUGACAAUGAAGCUGGUGAUGGUUCUGAUGAGAAAUCAGGCCAGCCUUUAAAGCCUGCAGACAGGAAGAGCCAUGAUGCUGGUGCUUCAUGUAAAUGCUGGUUGAAGAAGCACAUGACAUGUCUGUAUCACCAAGCGAAGGAAACAAAUGCUAUCUGGUCUGUGGUGGUUGCAGCUGCCCUGGUUGGGAUUGUGAUUUUGGGACGUUGGCACAAAGAUAAAUUGCACUUUGACCACCUUAAGUGGCGCUCUGGCUCAGCAGUGAGAGGAUGAUCAACAAGUGGUCUUAGCUGAUACAAAGCUUUGAUGGGUUUACAUGUCACCUGAAUUCAGUAACCAAGAUGGUGGAUGCAAUAUGAUUGUGAUGAUGACGAAAAGGAGUACGGCUGAUAUAAUAAUGUAACAUUUGACUAGAAUUUUAUUUGCAGCCUAAAAUGCCUGGCUUCUAAGCUGUCAAAUUCUCCUCCACCAUUCACAUUAUCUUACCACUUUACUUGCAACGUGGGCACCUGGCACAUAAUUUUAAGUUCCUGCUACUUUUGCUGUGAUGUAUGUUUUGACCGAAUCUGAUGGCUAUUGAAUACAGAAUUGCAUACUGCGUUAGAAUUUGGUUGUUCACCGAGGGCAACUGAAAUGCAUUUGUGCUUUUGCUUGUGAAAAUGGAAAACCUGGAAAGUUUGUUUGGCUUCUAAUUUGUAA